GCCAGUUGAGAAAAACUGUACUAAUCAUUAUUGUUUGACAAUUAGAAAAGUGCAAUUCACAAACUAACUAAAUCGAGACACAGUUGAAAACAUUUUAAAAUGAAAAUAUUUGUGGCGCUAACUGUAGUGGCGCUGUUGAGUUUCUCCUCAGCUGUCAUCACACCCGAUCAAGCCAAAGCUGAUGUGGUUGCCCACAUAGAACCGCAAAUCUUCAAUCUAUUAUCCAUACCCAAUGUGGCAAGAGCUGGCGGCGGUAUCAAGUGUUACGACAAAUAUUUACCCCUUAUAACGGCAGCAACCGAAAAUUCAAAAAGCGAUACUGAAGCCUGUAUUUCCCGGGCAGCUUCUCGACGUGAGGAUGAAUUGAAUAAAGUUAAAUCAGAGCGUGAAAAUCUUGAUGCUCAAGUGCGAAAUGUAGAGGAUACCUUAAGUGUUUGUUUGCAGAAGGAAGACGAUUUGGAGUAUCUUAAAUGUUUAAAGGAGAAUUCUCUCAAUUUGCAAACAACUAUUAAUGAAGUGGGUUCGACGUCCUCAAGUUUGUCGGAUAAUUUAUCUGCGUCCUAUAAGAACAUUGAUAGUACAGAGGAUAAUUGUAUUAAGGCUGUUAUUACCAAAUCUAAGGCUGUUAGCGAUGAACUUUUGGCUGCUUUACAAAAUUGCUUGAUGAAUGGUCUGGAUGAUGGCAGUUCUGAUGGUGGUUCCGAUGGAGGUUCUGAUGGAGGUUCUGAUGGUGGUUCAGAUGGUGGUUCAGAUGGUGGUUCAGAUGGUGAUUCCGAUGGUGGCUCAGAUGGUGGUUCUGACGGAGGAUCUGAUGGUGGUUCCGACGGUGGUUCAGAUGGCGGUUCUGAUGCUGGUUCUGAUGGAGGAUCAGAUGGUGGAUCAGAUGCUGGCUCCGAUGGUGAUUCUGAUGGAGGUUCAGAUGCUGGUUCAGAUGGUGGCUCCGAUGGUGGUUCCGAUGCUGGCUCCGAUGGAGGUUCUGACGGAGGAUCAGAUGGUGGCUCCGAUGCUGGUUCAGAUGCUGGUUCUGAUGCUGGUUCAGAUGGUGGAUCCGAUGCUGGUUCUGAUGGUGGUUCCGAUGCCGGUUCAGAUGCUGGAUCUGAUGGUGGCUCCGAUGCUGGUUCAGAUGCUGGCUCCGAUGCUGGUUCUGACGGAAACUCUGAUAGUGGUUCUGAUGGUGGUACUGAUGGUGGCGUUGAGCCUAAUCCUGAACUACAACCUGAAGAGGAUAUUCCAGCAUAAGUAUUCGUAUAGUUAGUUGGGUUACGUACUUAAAUUGGUUAAGAAAACAUAAAUAUUAAAAUGUUUAGUUUAUUAGGAAUAACAAUCAAAAUAAAUUUUAAGAAAUCAGAAUAUUUAAUUGAUAUUUUUAUAUUGCGAAAACAUUUAUCAUCAGUUUUUAAAUGGAUAAAAAAAUGAAAUAAAACUGCAAAAUUUGCAACUUUUGACCUUGAUUAAA